AUGCCGCCGCCGGUGCUGCGAUGCCUGCUGCUGAGCGCCGCGGUGCUCAUGUUGGCCAGGAGUGUGAGUGCGACAUUUCCGGGUGUUGUGGAACCAAUGAGGACAAAUCGGCAGAACCGUGUGAGUCGCGAGUUCAUUCCCGUGGAGACCAUCACGAGUGAUCCCACGGCGGCGCCACCAGCCAGCGCCGCCGCGGCCGCGCACCUGCGGGAGCUCAUUCAUGUGAAUCCGGACACGCUCACGGCCCAGCAGCGGCGUCUACUGGAGCAAAUUGUGGACAGAGUGGCGCGAUACGGUGGAUUAAUGGUGACUAACAAAAUUCCAGUGGAAGCCAACGGUGAUGAGGAUGCAGCGCGAGCUCAUCCGACCCGCAGCGGUACUCGGAACAAGAGCAAGCCGACCACCAAGAGGCCAUCGUCCGUGGCAACAAAGAAGCCAACGUCUUCCGCAUCGCAAUCCGCGGCGACGGCCGCCACGAAGGCGCAGAAGCAGAAGCUCAGGCCCGCGGACGACCUCACCACGCUCACGCCGCCCGUGUCGCCGGCCACGCACGCUGAGGCCAAGACCACCAGCGCCACGAGCCGCCACACCGUGAAGCCGUCCGAGCUGUCGCUCUACGACUACAACGUAACGGCUUCGGCGCUGAUCGAGAGCCUCUCCAAGCCCAAUUCCGUCGCGUACCAGCAACGGAUCCGACUGCCUUCCGCAUCCACCAAUGCCACGAAGACCAAACCCCAGCAAAAACCGCCGGCCACAGGAACUGCCAAACCGACCAAGUACCACUAUUAUCCACAUAAUCAGCAUAUUUAUCUUCUGCCCGAGUGCGCCAUUCAGCAGGUCUGCAAUGCGGUGUACGUGCGACUUAAUUACACUCAACCCCUCUGCGCGUGUCCAUCCAGAUAUCGGGAUCCAUGCUCGGCCAGCCUCAACGAAGACGACUUGCACACGACCAAAUUGAUUGGUGACAGAAGUAAAAAGGCCAUCACCUUGGCCAAGACGUGCGAGUCAACCGCGGAGAUGCGUGAGUGUCGCGCCCCGAAAGACUGGUCGCUGCUGGCGCUGCAGAACGUGAGAACGGGCAAGUCGCACUACCUCGUCAUCUGCCGCUGCCCGGACGGCUUCCGCCUCGAGGGCCCCAUGGCGCACGAUCAGCCCACGUACGCCAGCGUGCCGGGCAUCCGCGUGUUCGGCAUGAUGUGCGUGAAGCCGGGCUACUUCGUCAAGCACCCCAGCCAGCAGCCGCCCAAGCGCCGCCCCACGCGCCCGCCGGCGCACAAGUUCACCGACAGUUACCAGCAGGCCAACUACCAGUACCUCGGCCGCCCCGGCAGCCCGCUGCCGCUCACGUCCACCGUGUCCAGCGGGCCGCAGUUCCAGCACAUCGUCAGCACGUACAGCCGGCGGACGCGCAACGGCACGUCGGCGGAGGAGGAAGAGGCGGCGGCGGCGGCGGCGGAGCAGGAGCCGGAGCCCGAGGAGAGGAGCGAGCGCAGCUUCAAGAGCGCCACACCCGAAUUUCCCAUCCAUCGGAUAAACGAACUAAUGCAGCAGCUGCAGUGGGAUCAAUAGACUAAAGCAUUUCAGCGACAAUCCUGUAGAAAUUACCUAUUUAUUGAGUUUUACGGCAAUAUAU